AUGAUAGCUCCGUUAGAAGAAUUUUUACGUUAUAGAAUUCGUUAUAUAUUUUUUAAUGAAAAAAGGCAAGGAAAAAAGUGGGAAAGUGAUUUGGGUAUGGAUAUUAUUUCAACAGAAAUAAUGAAAGGAAUGAAAGAAAUUUCUGAUGUUACAGGUUUUAAAGAAUUUGAAGAAAUUAAUUUCAAUGAUUUUAUUGUUGUAAAAAAUAAACAGGGGCAUUUUAGUGUCAAGUUUAUUUAUAUACAUGAUGAGGGGACUAAAAAAUCAGAAAAAAUAUUUACAAAAGAGGAAAUUAAAAAAAGUUUAAAAUUAAAUAAACUUGUAAAUGAUGAAGCAUUUAAAUUUUACAAUUUGAUAUUAAAAGAAAAGGAAAGUUUUAUUGAGGCAAAGAAAAGAGUAAUUAAGGGUUAUGGCAAACUAUUUUGGUUAAAAUUAUUUAUGCAAAUGUUUGCUAAAUUGCAUAAGGACAGAAAUAAAGAAAAAUCAGUAAUAUCGAGGUUAUUACUAAACAUAUUUUAG